UGAAAAAGUAUGGCAGCUGCUGAGGCGGCGGUGCUAUCGUCGUCUUUGGAAAUAGACACAGCCCCGGUCCCUGAAGCUGCAGAAACAGCCGCAGCCACGGCCGCCACUUCGUCAGCGACGGCUGCGGCCGCGGCAGUUGCGGCCGCCGCCAGGACCGGAUCCGAAGCCACGGUCUCCAAGGCCGCUUUGGCUACUAAGCUGCUGUCCCUGAGCGGCGUGUUCGCCGUGCACAAGCCCAAAGGGCCCACUUCAGCCGAGCUGCUGAAUCGGCUGAAGGAGAAGCUGCUAGCAGAAGCUGGAAUGCCUUCUCCAGAAUGGACCAAAAGGAAAAAGCAGACUUUGAAAAUUGGACAUGGAGGGACGCUAGACAGUGCUGCCCGAGGAGUUCUGGUGGUUGGAAUCGGAAGGGGAACAAAAAUGUUGACCAGUAUGUUGUCAGGGUCCAAGAGGUACACGGCCAUCGGAGAGCUGGGGAAAGCCACCGACACGCUGGAUUCCACGGGCAGAGUAACGGAGGAGAAGCCUUACGAUAAAAUAACACAAGAAGAUAUUGAAGGCAUUCUGCAGAAAUUUACUGGGAACAUAAUGCAGGUACCUCCCCUCUAUUCUGCGUUAAAGAAAGACGGGCAGAGACUUUCAACUUUGAUGAAGAGAGGUGAGGCGGUAGAGGCAAAACCCGCCAGGCCGGUUACGGUGUACAGCCUCUCCCUUCAGAAAUUCCAGCCACCGUUUUUCACGUUAGAUGUUGAAUGUGGAGGAGGCUUUUAUAUCAGAAGCUUGGUCAGUGACAUUGGCAAAGAAUUGUCAUCCUGCGCCAACGUCCUGGAGCUGACCCGAACCAAACAGGGACCGUUCACGCUCGAAGAGCACGCCCUUCCUGAAGACAGAUGGACGAUCGAUGACAUUGCCCAGUCCCUGGAACGUUGCUCCUGUCUUCUCCCAGCGGAGCUGGCACUUAAAAAGUCAAAACCUGAGGAGUCUACUGAACAAGUUUUGAGCUGUGAAUUUAUAACCCUAAAUGAGACAAAGGGAGAGGAUGAUAUGAUUAAGCCGUCUUAAGAUUGGCUUGGGAUUGUCCUCCUUUCUUGGCUGACACCUGAGUCCUGUGUACAGAAUGGCAAGCUGCACGCAAAAGAUGAACAACUGUUUCUUCUUUCCUUCCCGCAUGGGUUUUUUUUCCCCUCAUGAAGAAAAGUUACCAUCAUUGACAGUUUCUGUGGUGUACAAUUUAUCUGCUCUACAUUAUAAAUAGCCUUGCAGUGACUUGUUCAGUUCUCUGCCUCACUGUGAAGUGUUGUUUUAGGAUGUUACUAUGUUGUUUGAUUAGAUUCAGGAAAAUCAACCUUCUGAUUUUGAUCUUUCUUCAGUCUUUUCCUGGAAAAAGUUGAACACAUUUUCUAAUCAAAGAAAAAGAAAUACGAGCUCAUUGUUCUUUUGGUGUCACAAAAAUGAACAUAAGUCGUGUUACUUUGACUUUAUUUUGUCUUCCUAGUGACUCUAUUAUAUUGAAAUUCUUAUGUUUGAAAAGGCCGUUAUUUAAUGUACAUUUUGGAGUUUACAGUGAUUAACAUUUAUUUGAUAAGGCUUGUACUUAACCUGGUAAUAGCUGUUUGUUUAGCUCUUGGAAACUAAUAAACUUUUAUAAUAAAUAUUUGUAAGUAAACCAAAUUAUUGCUGCUACCACUAACAAUGUCAGUAAAAGACUAAAUUUAGUUACGUUCACGUCUACCAUGAGCGCAAAGCACAGCCUUCUCUUUGGGCGGCUAGCUGCGUGAUGCUUUCCUGAGGAUUUCAUCCACAUAAUCCACUGCCCUGUACCACGUUACUAAAUAGCAUAGUUUUUUAAAGUAAGCUAAGGAAUGGUCUUCAGUUUAAAAUUUGAUUUGUUUAUUUUUUAGUAUUUAUUUAGGGCAUUAAUCCCUGUGAUACUGGGGUUUUUUUUUUUAGUUGUUUGCUUUUUCAAAUUAUAUUUAUAGAUGUUGAGAUAGCUCCCCUGCACGUCCCGCUAAUCUCUUCUGCUCUAAAUAUUUUAGAACAGAAUUCCUAAACAUUUUCAUACAUAGCUUACUGAAAGUUCCCUAACCCUUUUUAACAUCAAUCUGUAAAUGUCGCAAAAUGGUAAAUUUCAUAUAUAACAAGACCUUCAUAUUUUUGUUCUGGGAAAACAAUAUAUUAGGUGGCCAGUCUUUGGAAAUGUCCAAAUUCUGUUUCAUUUAUUCAGAUAAAUAUAGUUUCUAGAGGAAGAGUAGUUAAAAAUUUCAUAAUUUAGGUGUUUCUCGAUUUUUAUGGAUUGCCUUUCUUUUUAAAGUAGUUCUGUUUGCAACCUCCAACCUAAAAAAUUUAAAUAUGUAAAGUCAUGGGAUUUUGUUUGUAGUUAACUGAAUAUAAAUUCAAUAUGAAAAGUUAUAUAUGCUUUAGUGGAUCAUUUUCAUCAGAUUGGAAAUGUAUUUUAUACAUAUUAAAACUAAUUAUAUUAGUUUAUAAUUAAAUGCAAAGUAUAAAGAAAAGAGUUUGAUAUCUCAAUGCAUUGACAUAAAAUACCAAACACACAGAUUUGUAAGUUGAAAGUUGACAAUCUGACUUGUGCCCUGCAGUCUGUCUCACACGGAAGUGGUGGUGGCUUGCCCAGGUUACAGAGGCUGGUCGUGCAUUGCCGGGUAAGGUCCAAAUAGAGGGAAAUUUUGGUUUUAGAAAACAAUUAGGGCAUUUCUGCUCUAUUUCUCAACUUAAAAAUUACCAGAUAUCAUUUACUGAUGGAGAAGAGGAGAGAUUAUAUCUUUUUCUUAUAUUAAAAACACUGAAGACAAUUUUGCCAAAUAGAAAAAUUACCCACAAUCCUCACCAUCCUGAUACAGUGACUUCAGACUUUAAUUUUGUAUUACCAUUUUCCCUUUUUUGGUUUACAUAAUUACCAUCUUAAGACACUUAUAUUUUCUAAUCAACUAUUUUUUCAUUUUAUGUUGUCAGACUCUUUGUAUUUAGUUUUGAUAAUUGCUAUUUUAAUAUUACUUCAUAUUCAGUUUAUAAAACCAUUACCCGAAUUCCUGAACCCUGGAGUUAUUUUCAAUUUUAUCAGGAUCAAUUCCUGGGAAUGGGGUUAUUAAGGGGAAUAACAACACUUUUAUGGCUCUUCAUACGUUUGCCUUAUUGCUUUCCCAAAGAGUUAUAACAUUUUACAGGGGCCCCAUUUGAGUAUAUCAGUUCAUUAAAAGUUUACAGCUUGGGGUGGGGGGUUUGUAUGUUGUUGCUAAUGUAGUAGGUAUAAGAGUUCAAAAUUGCUCUUACCAGCUUUUGUGUGACUGUUUUGUAUACUUUGUUCAUUUAUAUAAGUAAAUGUCUUAUUGGUUUCUUUAUACAUUUGUAUGAGUUAUUUCUGCAGUAAAUACUUGGUAGAAGUA